UCAAUUCCGAGAGAGAGAGAUGAAAAAGUGAUGGAAGGCAAGAGUAAGGAAACAGACAUGUUGAAAAGAUAUUGCUUUAUUAACAUGGAAUGACGAAUGCCGACGGAAGUACUCGUAAGGAGAUCCGUCGAGAAGACGAGAGGAAACCGAAACGCGAUGUACUGCGAGACGCUAACAUUUAGUUCGCAUUUACCUAGUGUGUUCACGGGCCAGUUAGGCUCGUGCUUUCGAGCCGCCAGCACCGACUUUUAUACCCUUCUAAUCUUUUCCGAUCGCGAAUCUGUCGCGACUUUAAACUUACUUCUACUUUGCUAAUGUGAAUUCCUUUAACAUCCUUCAUUUUUCUUUUUUUUCUUUUUUUUCUUUUUUUUCAUUUGGCACCUACGUUCUUCCUUCUCCUGUUAUCUUUUCUGUUUUCAAUUUUGUUUAUCAAAGCGAAUCUUUAAAAUUCUCCACUAUCGCAGUCAACAGAGAACGUAUGAUAAUUUUUUGAGCGCGUUAUCUUCGUGAAGGAAGUUUCUAAUAUUUAUUGCUUUGGAUCUCAAGAAUCCUGGAUAAAGCACUGAACAGCAAGUGACACAACGGGAUCAGACGGGACGAAAAUGCAAUCGUGGGAAAGCUUCGGGAGCGUCGUUUUCUUUCUGCUGUUGUCGAUCGUAAAAGGGGUGCCUGAUUUCACGGGGCUGCGACCCGGGCCAUACUGUGCCGAAAGAUACCCGGAGGGCAGAUGUUGCCCGGAUCGUCAGGACGAAUGCAGCGCUCCGAUUCAUACCACGAUAUGUUACUGCGACGAUUUCUGCGAUCGGCCCAGAGAAGAGGAUUGCUGCCCGGAUUACUGGAGCCACUGUAAAGGAAUCGAGCCUAACAUCACCACCACAUCGCGGCCCGUUGAGAUAAGACAAUGCCUGUACAAGGGAAAGUACUACAUUCACGGUCAAACUUUUAAAGAGAACUGCAACUUGUGCAAAUGUACCGCAGUUGGUAGACGCGCGGAGGUACUUUGCGAGCAGAAUCGAUGCUUGCAAGAGCGAGAUCUGAUCGAAGAGAUCAACGUGAUGAGCCCGUCGUUGAAGUGGAAGGCUCGAAACUAUUCCGAAUUCCAUGGCAGAACGUUAAAGGAAGGCGUGCAACUUCGCCUGGGCACGUUGAACCCAUCGCGAUCGGUCUACCGGAUGAAUGCCGUGCAACGAAUUUACGAUCCCGAAUCGUUGCCCCGCGAAUUCGACGCCAGGCACCGUUGGCCAGGAGACAUAUCGAAUAUCGAGGAUCAAGGAUGGUGCGGUGCGUCCUGGGCCAUUUCCAGCGCCCACGUAGCAUCCGAUAGAUUCGCGAUCAUGAGCAAAGGCGCCGAUAGUGUUCUUCUCAGCGCGCAACAUUUGCUUUCGUGCAACAACAGAGGGCAACAAGGCUGCAACGGUGGUCACUUGGACAGAGCUUGGAUGUUUAUGCGCAAAUUUGGCUUGGUCGACGAACACUGCUAUCCAUGGAGAGCAAGCAAUGACCAAUGCCGACUUCGAAAGAGAACCGAUUUAAUGGGCGCCGGAUGCGCCCCUCCAAAGAAUCCCCUUCGUACAGAAUUGUACAAGGUGGGACCAGCUUAUCGACUCGCUAACGAGACCGAUAUUAUGGAAGAAAUUCUCACUUCGGGGCCUGUUCAAGCUACGAUGAGAGUCUACCAAGACUUCUUCUCCUACGAAUCGGGAGUGUAUAAGCACUCGACGACCUCAGAACUCUACGAAUCUGGCUACCACUCGGUUAGAAUAAUCGGAUGGGGAGAAGAGCCUCCCAUGUAUCCUCCUGAUCCACCGCUUAAAUAUUGGCUGGUCGUCAACUCUUGGGGUUACAUGUGGGGCGAGAACGGCCUCUUUCGAAUUCAAAGAGGCACCAACGAGUGCGAGAUUGAGUCGUUCGUGCUAGGAGUAUGGGCGAAAACCGUCUAAGGAAAACCUUUCCUUGUCUCGAUGACCUCAAAUUCUUAUCGACGCUUGUCAUUCAUUGGAAACUUCAACGACCGAAUAGACGGUGCAUUUAUCGAAUCAUUAUCGAUCCUCGAUCCUGCAUCAUCGUUUUAGACUGUCUGUUGUUUUUCCUUCUCGACGCGCUGUUUCACUUGUAGGACAAGCGAAUCAUUUACAAAGCGAUUCAUUUCUCGUUAUGCCAUAUUUCUAAUAAUUACGUUACAUGUAUUAUGAUUCGCGGCAAAUUACAGUGGAUGUUCUUUUCCACCAAAAAUCACGUAUACGUAUUAAAACCUACUUUUGUAGAUAA